UCGAAUAUCAUGUCUUGUAACAGUAAGAGAGGAAGAAAGAGGAAGCUACUGAAGCAAAUGGAGGAUCUUGAAAGAUGUACCAGUAUGGAGUCUCUAGCCGACAAUGUUGAUGUUCAGUCGGAGUCAGCACCUAAAGUAGCUAAGUCUUUGGCUAUGUCCUCACCGGCAUCUCAACCACUGGAUCUAGUCACGUGCAACGAUAUGAUAAAGGAGCUUCUUGUUGGACAAGCUCUGAAUUUGAUUCCAAGCACUUUCAAGUCUCAGAGGACCAUAUUUAUUGCUAAUAUUAUCCAAUACAUUGAUCCAAGGUGUACUGUUCAGGAAGUGGAACAAAUGAUUCGCCAAGUUCAAUCCAAAUAUUCUUCUGCUAAUUUACAUUUAAUGGGUACUCCUGAUAGAGAGUUAUUGAAGAGUGUAACAAAGACAACGGAAACAUCUCACAUGUUGUUCCUUGGUCCCCCAACGGAUGUGUGUUUGAAAUGCUCAAAAGUAUUAUACUCACACAAUCCAGUUUCUGAAAUCACUUGCUAUGAUGUUGAUGGUCCGUUGCCAGCUCAAAAAAUAACAUUAAGAUGCCAUAACUGUUCAUUGAAUUAUAGGUAUGAUACAUAUGGUUCAGAAACUUUUGGAUAUUGUUACUACGAAAAGGAAAGACCAUAUGUGCGAGGGUCAAAGACAAGGUUUAUACACAGAAAGCUGCAUCAACUAUUUGUUUCAGCAAGCCAUCAUGCUUGGUGCUCGUUUGAAGCGUUUGCUGAAGCAUAUAAUGAGAUGGUUCGAGGUACUAGUGGCUAUUUGUCAAAUAAUCAAGAUGAAAGUUAUUGUUUUACUUCUUCUUUUGCAUCUCUUGAACUGACACGAAAGAUUGUGGCUGAAUCCUUCUGGAAUGCUGAAACUGAGGCAGAACUAAGAGAGUUCGGAAAUGUUUCGUCAACAGAGCCGAGAGAAACAAUCAUGCAGCAAAUUGAUGAGAGACGAUCAUUGUCGUGCUAUGAUCAUCAUGAAUGCAACCAGGACUGUAAGGAUCGAGGAUGUGGUAGGCUUUGGUCUGUUGAUGGCUUGUGGAAAUUAGUUUAUCCCAUAUGUAUGAAUAAAGAACCAAAGGAAGUAUCUGGAUUUUCAGGACAGCUGAAAUAUGUUGACUCUUGCCCUAAUCAGCCACUUCAUGGAAAAGCAUUUUGCUCUGAUCACUGUAAGGAGGCAGAGUCAGCAAAUAUACCUACUGAUAUCAAGAAAUAUGUGUCAUAUAUACGCAAAUCAGAGCAAAAUGAGAUAGACAUCGAGGAUUUCGAUCCAGUAGUGGAAGAAGAAGUCUUGGAAGAUGAAACUCCAUGUGAGACUGAUUUACGUACUUCUGCUAAAAUACAAGGAAUUUCAGAUAUUAUAGCAUCACAUCCAACACUUUCUCAAGUUCUUGAUGAAGAAGAGAUAGAUGGUGAUAAACCUACUUGCAAUAAAGAUACUGGGUCCAAAAAGCAACUAAGGAAAUGGACAAGAGGACACCUUGUUAUUGUGAGAGGAGGAGGACAUAUUGACAUGUGGCAGCCAUUAUACCAAUCUGAGGGUCCAGCACAAGUAUUUUUAAUUGUGUUAAUGUGGAUGACAACAGCUUUUAGAAAUCUUAGCAGAGAAGAAAGAAAAAAAGUUAUCAUAUCUUAUGACAACAUGUGUCAUUUGAAUAAUUUAAAAGCAGCUAAGAAUCCUCUGCCCCUACCUGAUGAUUUAAAAUAUCUGUGGACUGAUGUUAUUAAAAUCAUUGAUUCCCUUCACUUAAAGAAUCACAGGGACCCCAAAUGUCAUGAGGAAUAUAAUCCACAAAAAAUAAAAGACAUCAAUCCAUCUUUUAACACAAUGGCUUGCGAACAAACUUUUGCCUGGCUAGGACGUUACAAGAAAAUUUUGGUGUCAAUGGGAAAAUGUCAUCAUCAUUUUUUUUUACAUCGUCUUGUUAAAAGGCGCAACAAAUACAUUUCCUUCUGCUAUGACAAUGGAAGGCGUCCUGUAGCUCCUAAACCUUCUUACAAGUGACUGACUAUUGCAUGAUAUUAUCUAAAUUUUGAAUUUACUUGUUUUUGAAAAUUUAUUAUUGUACAGUUCGAGUACCACACAAAUAAUCUUAACACACCCAUUUUAUCCAGCCCCAGUGGUGGAUCUAAACAAUUUACUCUAACAUUUAUGGUUCUGCACAAGCUUGCUUGACCACACCCUAUAAUUACCCCUCCCAUCUCAUAAUUACCCCCCAAAAAUUAAAUCCUAGAUCC